AUGCACGAGGUGGGGCUCAUGCACCGCGACCUGAAGCCGGACAACGUGCUCGUCGACGGCAGCGGCAACCUCAAGAUCUGCGACCUCGGGUUCGCGCGCACCAUGACCAAGGACAAGGAGGAGUCCGCGCCGCCGUACUCGAACCCCAUCGCCGCGCUGGCGUACCGCCCGCCGGAGGUCAUCCUCGGGUCGACGACCUACGACGAGACGGUCGACUCGUGGGGUCUCGGCUGCAUCAUGGCGGAGCUCCUCGCCGGCGAGCGCCUGCUCGUCGGGACGACCGAUGAGGAGUUGCUCGUCCGCAUCGCGGACGUUCUUGGCAUGGACGACAUCAGCGGAUGGAGUGGCUACGAGGACUGUAUGAUCCCGAAAAUUUUAACCAAGAUUAGACGGCGGCGCAGCCGUCUGCGCCAGAUGUUCGCCUUACCCGGGAGGGGCGGUGGCCCCGGCCGUCGGCCGGAGUUAUCCAAGGCCGGGUACCAGGUGUUGAGCGGUCUUCUCCGGUGCAGCCCGGAGAAGAGGAUGACGGCGGCGCAAGCCCUCCAGCACCGGUGGUUCGACGUGUGA